GUGUAAUUUGUAUUCUUGUUCUUUGACGGUUAUUUGGUGUUCUGUUCUAGUUUUGAAAUGAAAAUUAAUCUGGAUGAUGGGAUGCCACCAAACUUAUCGGAUACUCUUCUCCCGGAGUCCACUCCUCAGAAGGUGACGAGGAGUCACUCCCUGCAGUCGUGCAGCAGUGCUGGCGAACAGUGCACCUGUGAUGAAGUUAGCUACGGUAUAGCUGACGUGAUAUUCUCAUGUUUCGUGGUGGCUCCGCAUGUGGUGAGCGUGUGGCGCGGCACGUGGGGUCUGAUGGACCUUCAGCCGCGGAUGUUCCCCUUCUUGCAGACCUAUCUCCUUGGUAUAGUCAUACAUACCUGCUUUGCAGUAGCCAGAUCACGCCUGUUAUCUCGUGCAACUGGUGCCUGGAGCGACCCUGACGGCGGCGCAUGUACCUGGCUGAGAGAGAGGAUCCUAUCUCGAGUGUAUACCUACAUCUUCAUCCUCAGCAACAUCAUGCAGUGGCGCGGCGGCUGGGGACUACUCGACAUGUUUGUGGACACCAUUCUACCUGAUCCGAGUGACCCUCAUAGGCCAGUAUUAAUAGCAACUAUAACAGUAAUAUUUGUCUUGUCCAUCUCACUGCUGCGGUCUGCUCGCAACCUCCUUGCGGCACCAUACUUCUUGGUCACGGACGGCAAGGAACCCACCUAUAUCUUCACUACAAGGUUUAAGAUCGCUAACAGCAGAGACACGAUACUGUACAUCCUGGACUGCAUCUUCUCGGUGGCUGUGGUGGGAUCCCUGGUGGUGUUCGUGUGGCGCGGGUCCUGGGCACUGCUGGACAUCUUCCUGUUCCCGGAUGACAAGAGCAAGUCGUGCUGGACGUCGCUGAUCGUUGGCUACGCAGUAGUGCUAGUGACGUUCGCUCUCCAGGCGCCGGUGCGCUGGGCCGCCGCCCGCCUGCACGGCGCCCCGAGACUGCUGCUAGCUGACGUCUACCACUUCAUCUCCUUCGUCGCCACUGUCAACGUCUGGCGAGGCGUGUGGGGGUUGCUUGAUAUUUAUUUCUUUCCUGAAUCACCAAAGCUCAGUAAUUGGGGCUCCCACAUCGUCAGCCUCACGCUCCUAAUACUCCUGAACUGCUCCAACUCCGUCAUCGUGCGAGGAGUCUACAUCGACGCGGAGGAACCGGCCGGGGAGUGCGUCGUCUUCCCCUGCCACUAUCUACGUCUCUUCUUCCACAAAGAACGGACCAAGAAGAGGCACAGAAGAGCGUUACAGGCUGCCGCGGCAGCUGGCAGAAAGCCAGAAGAUGCUAGUCUACCCUUACAGAUGCCAGAAGAGAAAGUCUAGUACAAGACUUCGAAGUUAUGACGUUGAGGAAUGAUGAACUAUUAAUUAUGUAGCCCAGUGAUGCGUGAUCAAUUUCUGUGUUUUUACGUUUUACGAUCUGAAAAAUUACCAAAAGGGCUGUAAGAGCCCAAAAUUCUGUCUUCGUGGUCGCUUUUGUCUUAAUGUCUUGUUCUCUAUCCAUCUCGAAGGGCACGGAGUAUUCCAUUUACAAGGUUGCCUAAAAACUAUUAUAAUGUAAAAUAGUUUCUUUAAAAGUUCAAAGUAUGAUUAAGAUUUUUGUUGUCUAAAUAGUUAUAAAAAAAGAUUAAAUUAUAUUUUUAAUUCUCUGCGAACUUAACGCUGUAACUUCGAACAAUAUAUUAUUAGAACAUUUUUUUAUUUUAAAAAUAAUGUUGUAGUUAUUUGUACAAUUGUUAUUUUGUAGUUUAUUAGUGAUGCAUAUUCAAAGUACAUAAAUCAUUGUUUUUAAGCAAAAAGUAAGUUCACGCACACGAAACCGUAUAUGGCGGGUGAUAUUGAAAUCGUCUUAUAUUUUCAUACAUUAUGUAUUCUAUUAAAGCGUAUAAUUAGUCGCAACGGAUAGAAAAGUCUGUAGUGUGCGUAUUCUCUUAAAUAAAACUACCUCUAUCUUUGUUUUUAUUUUAAUACGUUCUCCUUAUUUAUAAAAAGAAAUACAAUUAAUUGAAUCAAUUUUCUUUUUAUUCGUAAAAUGAAACCUCAAUCAUAUACAUAUUUGAAAAUGGAACAGAAACGCUCCCGCGUUCAUUUUGACAUUAGAUUGUUUUUAAUGUCACAAAUGUCUAAUGUCAAAAAUAAAUGCGUUCGAAAAUGAACUUUAAAAAGUGCCUGUAAUUAGGUAAGGUGAAUAUAUUAGGAUGUAAUAUUGUUUCUUUUAUAUCACGUAAUAUGUAAUUUAAUGUUAAGUAUUCGUUCUAAGUCAAACUAUUAAGGUCUUUAUUAGUUUGUAAAAGAAAAUAUGUAAAUAUGGAACAAUGAAGUUGUAAACUCUAAGUUAUUGUAAGUACUGUUGAACGAAACAUAAUAAACGUAUUGAUAUUU